AUGAAUCCUGCCUAUGAUAGCGCUCUUCUUGCAAUCCUUCAACACGAAGGCAAAAUUGAAAAAUUUCUUGAUGUAAUAUUUGGUUUCCUGAUGCGUCGGACCGACUUUUAUCACAUUAUGACCGUUGAGCAGAAGAAACUCGGAUUUCCUCCUGGGGUUAAUCUACGGAUGGUCUUGCAAGCAUUCGAACGUUACAAAUCAAUGUUUGAAGAAUAUAACCGACAGCAUAUGGAGGCCGUGGCUGAAAAGGUUCAGUCAACCAAAUCCAAGAAACAAGCCAUCUCACGCCGUCCUCCAACUGUGGAUCGCAAAACCACGGAAACAGCCUCCGCUGAUAACUUCGUUGUCCCAGUUCCUGAUUCGACGCAAGAGACCACAGCGGCCACAGAGGAGAAGCAUUCUCCGGGUGAUUCGAAACCGACAGAACAAACAUCCACCAGGGAGAGUACGGAGGAGGAAGGCCCUCUAGUUUAUCAGGCUGACCCCGACUGUUAUAAUGGCGCAGAAAGAGAAAAUUACACUUGGAGUCAGUCCAUUAAGGAUGUGGACAUCAAAGUGAAGGUUCCAAACAGAAUCAAGACAGGACGAGACUUGAAAAUAGCGAUUGACCGCAAGCACAUUCGGAUCGUACUCGUGCCCAGUGGAAACGAAGAACCAUACUUUUACCGUGAACUUUGUUGGGAGAUUUCGACAGACGAUGCUGUCUGGACGUUUGAUCCGGAAGAAGGCCAGGUACAAUUUUGUUUGGAUAAAGUGGAGGAGCGCUGGUGGGAUGCUGCGUUCGAAGGUGAAGAUAAGAUCAAUACACGGAAAAUCGACUGCUCCCGACCGAUGCACGAACUAGACGAAGAGUCUCAGGCGAAAAUUCACCAACUGAUGUACGAUCAGGAAUGUAAACGGAAAGGGUUGCCCACAAGCGAAGAGAAGAAAGUUCAUGAUAUACUGGCCAAAGCCUGGGAUGUGGAGGGUUCUCCAUUCCGUGGGACACCAUUUGACCCGAGCAAGAUCAAUGUGGGCCCUUCUUCCCAAUCCUAAUUUUUUGAUCAAAAUUUCGCUUUUUUGCGGGAUUCCAUAAAGUUUUCAUCAUUCUCCC